AUGGGGUGUCCUGUCCAGCCCGUCCAGUUUCAAUGCGUUGCAGCUGUUGUCGGCCGGAAUCUCGCUGGGGAGGAUAAGAAGCUCUGUGGGUGUCCCUCAUUUCAUAGCAAGCUCCAUAUGGAAGGUUUCCGCAGCCUGAAGGAAGGGGAAGCCGUGGAGUUCACCUUUAAGAAGUCAGCAAAGGGCCUCGAAUCCAUCCGGGUGACAGGGCCUGGUGGGGUGUUCUGCCUUGGGAGCGAGAGACGGCCCAAGGGGAAAACAUUGCAGAAACGCAGAUCCAAAGGAGACAGGUGCUACAACUGCGGAGGGCUGGAUCAUCAUGCCAAGGAGUGCAAGCUGCCACCCCAGCCCAAGAAAUGCCACUUCUGCCAGAGCAUCAGCCACAUGGUGGCCUCGUGUCCCCUGAAGGCUCAGCAGUCUCCCAGCUCCCAGGGAAAACCGGCUUACUUCCGGGAAGAGGAAGAGAUCCACAGCCCGGCCUUACUCCCAGAGGCUCAAGAUUGA